AGCACAAUCAUGGAUAGCAAAGUAAAUGUUACCUACAUAACUCUGUCUGGAUAUGUAGAUCUGAACAAAUUCAGAUAUUUUUACUUUUCUGUUAUUUUCACAGUGUACAUUUUGAUCAUCUGCAGCAACGCCACCAUUUUGUAUCUCAUCUGGGUUCACAAAAACCUCCAUGAGCCGAUGUACGUCUUCAUCGCAGGCUUGUUGUUUAACUGCCUUCUUUACAGCACCAACAUUUACCCAAAGCUUCUGGUCGACUUUCUGUCUGAAGAACCGAAGGUAUCGUAUUCGGCCUGCCUCUUACAGUUUUUCAUGUUUUAUUCCGUGGAGGCUCAGAGUUCCCUGCUGGCAGCCAUGGCCUUCAACAGAUAUGUGGCGAUAUGUAAACCUCUGAGAUACAAAUGUAUAAUGAAGAGAAGCACUGUCAGUGCGCUCCUGAUUCUAGCAUGGUGUUUUCCUGCCUGCCAUCUUGCCGUGCUGGCCAUACUGAGUGCCAAAGCUAAGCUGUGCAACUUUAACUUGGACGGGAUCAUUUGCAACAAUAAGAUGUACACUGUCCACUGUGUGAGAUCGAGAGCGCUCACCGUAUUUGGGGUCGUUGCUUUAUUCGAUUUCGCGAUUCUUCCCACCCUCUUCACAGUUUUUACAUACGCAAAGAUAUUUGUGACGUCUUAUCGGAGCUGCAAAGAAUCCAGGAAAACGGCUGUGCAGACCUGCGUGCCCCACCUCUUCGUUCUGACCAGCUACUUCUGUGUGAUGACAUACGACGUGAUCGUGGCUCGAGUGGAGGCGGACUUCUCCAGGACCGCAGGCUUUGUGAUGACGAUACAAACGUUUCUGUAUCACCCUCUGAUCAAUCCGUUCAUGUACGGGUUCAAGAUGAAAGAGAUCAAUAAACACCUGAAGACGUUGCUCUGCUCAGCCAAAGCUUGA